AACCACCCACGAGCCCGCGUCGGUGCCCGCCCCGCAGGGGGACCUACUAUCCGGCGCCGAGCCGGAGGGGGGAAACGGCGCCCGCCGCCCGCCCGGAGCAGGCGAGCAGCCCCAGUCCCCCCCACCCGCGCGUGGCGGCGCCGGCUCCCUAGCCGCCGCGGCCCCACCCUCUUCCGGCCUCGGCUGUCCGGGCCGCGCUCGCCACCGCCUGUGGAUGCUGCGCCUCUCUGAACGCAACAUGAAGGUGCUUCUUGCCGCCGCCCUCAUCGCGGGGUCCGUCUUCUUCCUGCUGCUGCCGGGACCUUCUGCAGCCGAUGAGAAGAAGAAGGGGCCCAAAGUCACCGUCAAGGUGUAUUUUGACCUGCGAAUUGGAGAUGAAGAUGUAGGCCGGGUGAUCUUUGGUCUCUUCGGAAAGACUGUUCCAAAAACAGUGGAUAAUUUUGUGGCCUUAGCUACAGGAGAGAAAGGAUUUGGCUACAAAAACAGCAAAUUCCAUCGUGUAAUCAAGGACUUCAUGAUCCAGGGCGGAGACUUCACCAGGGGAGAUGGCACAGGAGGAAAGAGCAUCUAUGGUGAGCGCUUCCCCGAUGAGAACUUCAAGCUGAAGCACUACGGGCCCGGCUGGGUGAGCAUGGCCAACGCAGGCAAAGACACCAACGGCUCCCAGUUCUUCAUCACAACGGUCAAGACGGCCUGGCUAGAUGGCAAGCAUGUGGUGUUUGGCAAAGUUCUAGAGGGCAUGGAGGUGGUGCGGAAGGUGGAGAGCACCAAGACAGACAGCCGGGAUAAACCCCUGAAGGAUGUGAUCAUCGCAGACUGCGGCAAGAUCGAGGUGGAGAAGCCCUUUGCCAUCGCCAAGGAGUAGGACCCAGGGACCUCUUUCUUUGAGUGACCGUCUGUGCAGGCCCUGUAGUCUGCCACAGGGCCCUGAGCUGCACUGGCCCCAGUGCUGGCAUCUGGUGGAGCGGACCCAUUCCCCUCACAUUCCACAGGCCCAUGGACUCAGUUUUGUAACAGACUCCUACCAACACUGACGAAUAAAAAAAAAUGUGGGUUUUUUUAUAUAUAA